AUGAAUAAAGAAUCUUUGGUAAACUUGUUAUUCAAUAAUAAAGAAAUUGAGCAGUUGGACGAUCUCAAGUCCAUACGAGACAGCAUAGAAGAGCUGAAAAAUAAUGUCAUCAAUCGCCUUCUCUAUGAAAACAAACGACUCAAAAAACAUAUCGAGGAAAUUGAAACCCAAAACUACGAACAGAUGGAUGAAUUGGAGGACAACAUGCGAAGUUUGAUGGCUCAACAAGACAGAUAUUCACGCCGUAAUAAUACUGAAAUCUUUGGUAUUCCGUCUGAAAUCGACAAUGAAUGCCUAGAAGAAACCUCAAUAAAUAUUCUAAACAGGUUAGAUCUUUCUAUUAACGUAAACGAUGUUGAAGCUUGUCAUCGACUUCCAUUGACAAAAAACGAGCGCAAACAUAACAAACCAAAGCGAACAAUAAUUCGAUUUGUAAACCGGAAGUUCUGCGAGACUGCUCUGGAACGUAAAAAAAAGUUAAAGGAUACUGAUCUUACGUCAAUUUCUCCUAAACUGAAUAGUUCUGAUAUUUUUAUUUCUGAUAACCUGUGCCAAUAUGACUUCAUGUUAUUUGGAAUGUGUCGUCAACUGUAUACAAAAGCUAAAAUACAUGCAUGCUGGUCCUGGAAAGGAUCUAUUUCAAUGAAAAUUAAUGAAAAUGAUCGCCCGACGAAAAUAAACAAUGUAUAUGAAUUAGUAGGAAUGUUUCCUGAUUUUGAUUUCUAUAACUGA